UGGAGUCAGGGUGGGGGCUAAGGGGGCUACAGGAGCUAUGGGGGCACUUCUGAGGGACUGCCAUCAGAACAGCUGGGUCAUUUUCAAAUGACCUAAAUCUAGGAUUAAUCCAUUUGGACUUGCAUGGUUAAAUUUGUUCCUAUGCUACACAGAGGCGAUGGGAGAGAAAGAAAAAAGGACAGAGAGAAUUACCAGUGAAAGCCAGAAAGGCUUAGCGCUCGGAGUUCAAACAAGGUGCACAGUAGAGAACAAACCUCCGUGCACCGACGGUAGCAGAGCUCACUUGUUUCUAACUCCUGCCUCUUACCGUUCAACGCAGAACCCUCCAUCACUCACCGAUUCCUCAAACGUAGAUCACUGCAGCUCACUCCUCUCCCUCACUUUGGUCAGAGGAUGUUUUUGACACACCGGCGGGGCAUCUCUUCAUGUGUCAGAGGCCGGCGUCCAUCUGCGAGUGAUUUGAGGGGUACAUUUCUGGGGAUGACGUGUGAUAAAACAGGGAGGUAUGGGUCAAAGUGACUAGACUCAAUCUGUGACAGAGCCUCUCCUCUUGGGCCCUACCACAUGUUUUAAUCUAUACAAGCAUCUGUUUGAAGUUCCCAAUGAAUACCAUCAGUCCUGCCGGUGACUUCAUAUCCAUCUUACCUGGCUCAGAGCAGUUCAACAUCCUGGAGGCACACGGAUUAACCGCGAGGAUAGACUUUAUUUUUCUGACAGGGUGUGAAGCAGAUUUACAGUUUUUCAGUUGUUGUGUCCAUGGCACACAUGAGAACUGUCUAAAACAGGCCUGUUUCAUUACUCUUUAAGAAGGGCCAGAUUUGAAAAGAGAACUGUCUGUAAACUCCUUUGUUCCCACCUCAGUCAAAGUUUCUUGAGUGAUAAUGUCAUGAUGUUCUUGUCUGCACUGUGCAGAUCUUGUGCAAUAUGUAUCAUGUGCAAGUCAUAACCUUUGUGGGUUUUUUCUGUGCUAAGUGUUUCUCUGUGUUGUAAGAUUUAAGUGAAUUUGUUUAUUGAAAUCUACUGGAGACACUUUAGUGUACCAUAUUGCAUCAUAUCUCAUCCUAUCCAAUCACUUUGUCUUGCAAUGAAUCAUGAGGCAUUGUUUUGUACACCUAGCUUAUUGUAUCUUAUCAUAGGUAUCCUAUUCUAUCAUAUUCUAUCCUACUGUAUUGUAUCGCAUUUUAUCAUAUUGCAUUGCACUGUGUCACAUGGUUUUGUGAGGAAUAACUUUGUAUUCCAGCUUAUCGUAUCAUAUUGUAUCAUAUUGUAUCAUGUCAUAUCAUAACAUAUUGUAUCACAUCAUAUCAUAUUGUAUCAUUUUGUAUCGUAUUGUAUUGUAUUGUAUCGUAUUGCAUCGUAUUGCAUCUUGUCAAAUUGUAUCAUAUUGUAUCGUAUCAAAUCCAAUCCUAUUAUAUUGUAACAUAUCAUACUGUAUCAUAUCGUAUUGUAUCCUGUCAUAUUGUGUCAUAUUGUAUUAUAUUGUAUCAUAUCGUAUUGUAUCGUAUCAUAUUGUAUUGUAUCAUAAUGUAUCAUGUCUUAUCAUAUUGUAUAUAAUGUAUCAUAUCAUAUUGUGUUGUAUUGUGUCUUUUUGUAUCAUAUCAUAUAGUAUCAUAUCGAAUUGUAUCCUGUUGUAUCUAACAUAUUGUAUCAUAUAUCAUACUGUAUCAUAUCUUAUUGUAUUGUGUCAUAUCAUGUCAUAUCAUAUAACAUCAUAUGGUAUCCUGUCGUAUCAUGUUAUAUUGUAUCAUAUCGUAUCAUAUUAUGUCGUAUUGUGCCCUAUUGUAUCAUAUCUUAUCGUAUCCUGUCGUAUUGUGUCAUAUUGUAUCAUAUCAUAUUGUGUCGUUUCGUAUCAUAUUGUAUUGUACUGUGUCUUAUCGUAUCGUAUCAUAUUGUAUCAUUUGGUAUCCUGUCGUAUUGUGUCAUAUUGUAUCAUAUUGUAUCAUAUCAUAUCGUAUCAUAUUGUAUUGUAUUGUGUCGUAUCAUAUCAUAUGGUAUUGUAUCACAUUGUAUCAUAUGGUAUCAUAUUGUAUUAUGUUGUAUCUUAUAUAUUGUAUCAUAACAUAUCGUAUCAUAUUGUCUCAUAUCUCAUUGUAUCAUAUUUUAUCAUAUCUUAUCAGAGUUCUCUGAUAUGAACGACAUUGUAUCUCUCUUGCUUUGGUGGAAUUUUCUAAUUUUUGUCCUGAGUGUCACAUUAGUUGAUCCUGACAUCAUGUUCGAUUUUUACUUGGGGCCUAGUAGGAAAAGGAUCAUGUAAAGUUGGGAGAAAAAUGUCUGUUGUGUUGAAAGAUAACAGCGAUCAAGUAUUUCAAAGUUGUAAAGUUGCAAUGCCCAAUCCCUGGAAAUGAAACUGAACCGCGUUAGUCUGUUUCACAUGUUGAGAAUGAGCUCAAUCAAAGACAAAAAACCAGCAUGAAGUGCUACCUCGAUGAAAAAUCCCUCUCAGCCUGUGGGCUACACUUGAACAUCAGUGUGUCCUCAAAAUGAGAGGCUGUUGGAGGGAAGCCUACCUCAACCGUAACAAGGCAUUCCUGUGUAUAAAAGCCGGCGUCCCAUCAGGAUGCUCUGCUCGACUUCAAAUAUACAGUAGAGUAGGAAAGUUUGGAAGAGACUGAAGUGGGAGGGAGGAGGAGGGGAGAGGAGGGGGGAGAGAAAGAGUGAUGGUUGCUUUGAUCUUUGGAGGCAGACUGGAUUAAAAAAACAGUGUCCAAGUCCUUCUUUUGAAACCUUAAGAAAACAUGAGUAAAAGUCAGAACUGAAGGGGAUGCUUUAAGAGGUGUGUUUUUUUUUUCUUUCACUAUAAGACGAACAGUUUUUGAAAAAUAUCUCACUUUUCAGUAUGUUUAAAAAAGUGAAAUGAUGAUAAAAGCAGUAAAUAAAAAGAGUUACCUCUAUCUAAGCAGAGAUUUCCAGGCCUAAUAUUGUUGUUUCUCUGCGUGAGUUUUGAUCAUGUUUUGUUUUUCCCACUUGAUUUUCAGACAAGUGUGUAACAAGAUGGUAUUCUCACUUCAUAAAUUUGUGGUGGAAUGGGAAAUGGGCAUUUCAAGGCCAAUAAAAGCCACCACAUCAAAUAAAACUUCGCGGAUCAAAAGAACCAACGCAUGGACAUUUUUUUCCCUCUAUAAAUUAAAAACGGGGGCAGUCUGCCACGCUUGAUCAUGCCCCGAGUCCUGCCCCCGCUGCUCUGAUUGGCUGGACGGACACACAAGGGGGGAAAGUUUGAAUAAAAUACAAGAGCAUGGCAUGAGUGUUGUCGUUCAAGCUUGUGCGCUUGGUGCAGCAGCGCUUGAGUCGGAGUGGAGAGAUUGGCACAUAGUUGCGAGCGCAUUCUUGGGAAGUUUUUAAAAACAGUUCAGAUGCCUUUUACUGGUUUCAAAGUACCUCUGAUUUAGUUCAAACUUGAUUUAUUCGUCUUCAGGAGCGGUGACAAGUGUCGUGGCGUCCUUUGAACCGUGCGUAAUUGUCCUUCCAGGAAGAUUUUCUGCUCCCCAGACGAGACUUUACAUUUGGAGAAAGGACAUUGAAGACGAGAAUAUAGGAUGACAGAGAUCAGAAUGGUUUUAUCAGUGCUGCUGCUGAUGCUCAUGCACUCCGGAGCUCUUUGCGCACGGAGGUUCCGGGGUGGCCGGAACCCGCAACCGCGACGCGCACCACCUUCUCCCACGUACCGGGCGGAACGGGUUGACACCACGGAGAGCUUCCCUCUGGAUUUCACCGCCGUGGAGGAGAACAUGGAUAACUUCAUGACACAGGUGAAGAACCUCGCGCAGUCCCUCUACCCGUGCUCGGCACAGAAGCUCGACUAUGACAUGAAGCUGAACUUUUUGGAGAAUACAUCAGUCACCUGCAACGACGGGAGCUCCGCAGGGUAUGUAGCCUCUAAACUUCGAAAUAAGGUGUUGAUGAAGUCUUUUCCUGAAUGAUUGGAUCAGCGACAGGUCAUCGGCAGGGUCAGUUUCGCAGCAGUGCACCCUGGAGAUUGUAGGAAUUGUGAUUUUGCUUGAGUGUGGCGCACCCCGUCUUACUGGUCCCCCCUGCAACCCGAAAUAACCCACAUGUAUCUCGCCUGAGGACAACCAUGCUUGUCCCAGAAGAGAAGAGACACGCUUUCUAAAACGAAGCUAUGGUUUGUUGCAAAUUUAACGAAUCGGUUGUGAAGAACUCAAAAUUAAGUAAAAAGCCAAAAUAAAUACUUAAAAUACAAAAAUAAUAGUAAUUCUUGGAUACAUUCAACAGGAAUCAAAGUCCUGGGCCCUGAGUCCUGGAUAAGGUUCACUCAGGAUAAGAUAGACAGCUGCUUUGCGUCAGCGGAGCGUGAAAUUUGCGGAUAGCCACAUGGCCUAUGCUUCAUUUCCUUUGCCUCAAAUUAGAAUGCAGGAUUUGCUCUGCAGAAAGUUUAGCUUUAAAGUUCGCAGACCCCCGCCCAUCUCUCUCUCUGUCUGCGUCUCCCUGAUGAUUGCGCAAAGUGCGUAAACUUUUAGAUUUACAGCCUUGUAUGUUUCUACUCAGCUUAGCUACUGUAACGCGUGCGCAAUUUGCCAUGGAACAAAUCGUUUCUCGAUUUUCUGGCAAUCUCCACAGUUGUUUGCAAUUCACUUUGGCGUUGUUGAUCAAAAGACCGUUUGGCAUUAAGCCUGUUAAGCAUAUUAAUGUCAGACAGAUCCACAGUGUUUCCUAUUUAUUUAAUGCAUACAUGAUGCACAGACUCUGAUGCUUAUAGGUUUUCAAAACUACUUUUUUCUUUUACUGCUUCUACAAAAAGCAAAUGGUAUUUUUCAAACCAUGCAUGAGUUUAUUUGUUUUGAUCUGAGCCCAGGAAACAAAAGGCACUUGAGCAUAAAACAUGAUAUUCUGCAUGAUCUGAGUAAAAUUUCCAGAACAAAGUGUCCCUCAGUUAGAGAUUUGCUGUUUUAUUGCAUGCACUUAAUGUAGCCGCACUGAAAAGCAACAUGGACACAUUGUAAGUUCUAUUAUUUGCAGAUGCUACAAAAGUCUAAAUGCUUUCUAAAUAGAGGUUGAAAUGACUAUCUGGCGUUUUGCAUUUAACCCCCUAACCAGUCCAGUGAUGGACAGCCUGGACUGAAAUGGUUUUGCUUUACAUCUCUUUAUGGAUUUACCCUCCUGUAUAAUUCCCACAAAGUGGUAGAAAGAGCUGUCUGUAAAGCCCUGAGCUCUUUAAGGACGCGGCGCAGAGGGACAGUUACUGGCAGAUGGCCGUUUCAUUCACCGCUGGGGCUGUUGUCAGUUGAGAUGUUAAUCCAUCAACUACAAAGAGCAUUUUUUUUCCAAAGAGGUGUUGUUGCAGUUGGAGACAAACAAGGAUGCAAACUGUGUGAUUCAUCUCCCGGUGUGUUGCACUUGUCAGAGCGCAGUGGGUUUUGAUGCAGAGCUCUACAAUCUCGGUUUGUUGAACAUGCCAAACCCGUUGUUGUUUGGAAGUUUUGAGUAAAGUGCUCCAUCCCCCUCCUGCAUCAUUGACUGUGGUUUACAAUAAUAGUACAAGACACUAACUGCAGCCAAAGUGUGAUUCAGUGUCUGACAAACAGCUCAGAGCCUCAGCCAAGUCUGUUUUCUUUAAAGUCACUGAAAUGUUUUUGGCGUACUCUCGAGCUUAAUCACCGGUUAAGUCCAGUGAUUGAUCAUCACAGAAGCACAAUUUAAGUGUCUUUUUUUUCUGCUUUACAACCACACUGUUCAAAAAUUUGACUGAUGUCAUUUUUUAACAAUCCUGAAAAAAAAAGGAGAUGAAUCUGACGUGAGAUGUGAGUGUACUCUGCAGCAAUGCCCUCUUCUGGGCUGAUAACACACAGCACAUUUCACCUCAACUUCUUCACCUCUUGACCAGGAUGCAUUAAAAGUUCACUCUGCACAUUAUUUCAUCCAACCUCUUAUCAGCCUCUGUGAUUUUUAUCCACGCUUCUGUGAGGACACCGCUGAGGAAUGAUGAGCUCAGAGCUGCAGAGACACCAUGACGGUAGAUAGUUGAACAUUAAACACGAGGACUGGCACCUACAGUACAAACAGGAUAGGGGACAGGGUGAUGUUUAUCAGCUCCCUGCAUGCAAACUGUACACACGGCCUCAUUGUCCGAUUUUUGUUGGCAGGGUUUCACUUUUUUGCCGUUUCUGUCACCUUUUUCCAGAUCAGCGAAGUAACAGGAUGUACAAUCAGAUUGAAGUUUUGAUGACGUAUGUGUUUAUAGUUUACGCUUGGAUACCAUCUCUGGUGGUAGAAACAGUGGAGGGUUUUAUCUCAUCCUUUCUGAAGACAUCAAAAUCAAGAAAUCUUGCUUGAUUUAUGUCUUCAAUAAAAAAUCAGCCUCAUAUACCUGCUGUGGUGCACUGAGUUUGUCUUCUUUUCUCUCUUUUAGGUACUAUCUGAAGGAAUCUCGAGGCAGCAGACGGUGGCUGAUAUUCUUAGAAGGUCUGUCUGCCGCUCUUACGUAAUUUCAUUCAUUUUUGUGCUUAUAUUAUCGUCGAAUUAUUUGCGAUAUCUGAACCGUGUUGUGUUUUUUCCACUAGGUGGCUGGUACUGCUUCAACAAAGAGAACUGUGACAGCCGAUAUGAGACCAUGAGGAGACUGAUGAGCUCAUCCAAAUGGCCCCAGACUAAAACAGGUGAGUUUGGAGAGUCGCUUCAUCUCCGAGCAUGACCCCCCUAAUAAGGUAAAAAAAAAGUACCCAGAUCCCCCCCCCUGUAAUGUCUCGGUAAUUAAAAGGAUCGGAUGUAUCAGUGCUCAUCUGCUGUGUUAUUGCAACCGACACCCCGUCAUAAUGUAGCUGCGGUGUAGGGCUACCUGGCGCCCGCUGCUGUAGGAACAGAGACGCCUCCCUCUCUCAUUGCGGCGUAAUAACUGUAAUCCAUGUGGUAAUGAUGAUGAGGAAGAGGAGGAUGUGUCUGGGAGUGCCGGGAUGGCUAAUGAUACAUGUUGAUGUGUCUCUGCAGGCACGGGGAUCCUGUCUCCGCUGCCCGAGGAGAACCCUCACUGGUGGAAUGCCAACAUGGUGUAAGUUGACGCGUGUUUGUUGGCGUUUAAUUUGUAAGGCUGACUGUUUCUUUGCUGAGAUUUUUUUUUUGCAGUGCAUGUACGGGAAAAGAUCAACAACAGGCCAAUGAAAAGUUUCGUACAGUUUUAAUCUAAUGUGUGUCUGUGCAGGUUCAUCCCGUACUGCUCGAGUGAUGUGUGGAGCGGUGCUACAGCCAAAACAGAGCAGAGUAAGAUCUCACUCAGUUAUCACAGCUGAUAUAUCCUGCUGAAGAUGAGUGUUUUCCAACAGCUCUUCUCUCUUUGUGCCGUAUCUAGAUGGUUAUGCUUUCAUGGGCUCGCUGAUCAUUCAGGAGGUCGUAAAAGAUCUGCUGAAUAAAGGUCUGGACAACGCCAAAGUUCUCCUCUUAGCAGGAAGCAGGUAUGACAAAAUCCCCUCUAACUAUCCCACACAUUUAAGGAAGCGGUUACUAAAAGAGUGUUCGGUGUUUAUGUGCGCAGUGCUGGUGGUACCGGCGUCCUUCUGAACGUGGAUCGUGUUGCAGAGCUGCUGGAGGGACUGGGCCACACUGGGAUCCAGGUGCGAGGACUGUCUGAUUCCGGGUGGUUCCUGGACAACAAGCAGUACCACUGCACAGACUGCGUGGACGCCGUCAGCUGUGCCCCGACUGAGACGAUCAAGAGAGGCAUCAAGUAUGAGAAACAGAAAAGAAAUAUGAUAUUAUGUUUGGAUUUUAAGAAAGAAAUCAUUCAAAGUUCCAUAAUGCAUGAAUAUGGGCAUGACUCUGUAGUGGGAAUCACCGUAUGGGCUUAGAAUCAUAUCCAAAAACAAUCAUCAGUGCGCACAAUUUGUCCCCGCACCCAGAAAUGCAGGUUUAAACAGCUCCAUGCAAAGAGGAAACCACAUGUAAACAUAAUCCAGACACGCCUACAGCUUCUCGGAGAGGAAGCGGAAAAGUGUCCUGUGGUCUGACAAAUCAAAAUCUGAUAUUCUUUAUGGAAACCAUGGACGCAGCAUCCUCUGCCCUAAACAGGAGGACCACCCAGUUUCUCGUCAGUGCGCACUUUCACAACCAGCAUCUGUAACAUGUGCUGCCGACAAGAUGGUUAAUUUUUCACACAAGACUCCAAAUACCGUUUUGCAUGCAUUUACAACAGCAUGGCUCGGAAGUAGAAGAGUCCAGGUGCUGAAUUAGUCUUCCUGCAGGGUCAAAAUCAAGCAUCAAGACCCUGAAACUGGUCUCCGAAGUUUCCCCACAUUUAUAGUAUUCUUUAAAAAAGUGAUGCAGCACAUUGGUUAUUUACGAAAAUGUCUCUGGUAACAGAUUAAAUGACUUUAAAACAUCUCAACUGUCGUAUUUUAGAGAGAAGCUGAUGUAGAUGUUUUCUCUUUUGUGCUUUUUCUACCUGCUCCGUCAGGUACUGGGGAAGCGUGGUGCCAGAAAGGUGUAGGCAAACCCACGAAGGAGAGGAGUGGAACUGUUUCUUCGGAUACAGAGUCUUCCCAUCGAUAAAAAGUGAGUGUUCUGGUGCGGAGGUAAAACGCACACACAUACACUGCGCAGGGCUAAUUUUAGUGUGCUUCACCAACAAAUCUGUCCAAUCCUAACACAUCUGCGUGACACAUGUUUGAAACGAUGGGCUGAAUUUGGACCUGUUGUUAUGUCUCUUUUAUUCUCCGUGUGCAGGCCCUGUGUUUGUCGUCCAGUGGCUCUUUGAUGAGGCCCAGUUGACGGUGGACAACAUUCAGCUGACAGGUCAGCCGGUGCAGGAGGGACAGUGGCGCUACAUCCAAAAUCUGGGCAUUGAGCUGAGGAACACACUCAAAGACGUCCCGUAAGACCACGAAUCUGCAUAGGGAGCGAGAAAUUUGGGAAGAAUUUGACGUAGAUCGGUUAAUUUAUGUUUUUUUUUUCUUUAAAAUUUCAGGGCGAUGUUUGCUCCAGCCUGUCUAUCACAUGAAGUCAUCACCAGGAAGUGAGUAUAUCUUAAGGGUAAAGAGUGAAAUUAGGUUAUUAGUUCUCAGAAACACUAUUUUUCCCUUUGAGGUUUUCAAUCUGUGAGCUAACAGCGCCCUCUUGUGUUCACUCCCAGUUACUGGAUUGAUAUACAAGUUAAAGGCACCUCCCUGCCCCGAGCGCUGCACUGCUGGGACCGCAGCCUCCACGACAACCGGAACAACAAGGCCCCGCCCAAAGGCUGCCCUGUACAUUUGAUUGACAGCUGCCCGUGGCCGCACUGCAACCCCACCUGUCCCACCAUCCGAGACCAGUUCACAGGACAGGAGAUGAACGUCAUUCAGUUCCUCAUGCACAUGGGCUUCGACGUGCAGAAGAUGGCCCAGCAGCAGGGCAUGGACCCCAGCAAGCUACUGGGCAUGCUCAGCAGCGGCAGCUAAGGGGACACGCGUUACACACAGCAUCUCCAAGCUAACGCUAAGCAGGGCCGACUAGUCUCUCUGUCCGGUCUCCCCUGCCUGAUACCUCCAACUCAUACUCCAUCUUCACAACC